CGGCGGAUGGAACACACGACAGCAUGUUUACCCAUUGUUUACGGAUCCGUUGCUUUUUACCUGGGAAAGAAAGCGGACGAAUACAACACUCAUCAGUGGACUCUGCAUCUCCGUGGACCAAAUAACGAAGAUCUUUCACCAGUGAUCUCGAAGGUUGUAUUUCAUCUGCACCCGUCAUUCGCCCAGCCAACUAGAGAAUUGACUGAACCUCCUUACGAAGUAACUGAGCGAGGAUGGGGUGAAUUUGAAGCACAAGUACGCAUAGUAUGGAAAGACUCGUCUGAAAGGCCUAUUCUGAUUUCUCAUGGAAUCAAGCUUUAUCCCCCGGGUACGGCACCGAAUGCAGCUCCCACAGAUACGGAAACUGCGGUUGUGGCUGAAUCUUACGAUGAAGUGGUGUUUACCGAUCCUUCCGAAACAUUUUAUACUCAGUUGCUUCGCGUAGCAAACCUCCCA